UUAUUUACCCUCGUAAGAUUAGAAGGUGCGGAAGCAGCGAGAGAGAGGGAGAGUAAUAAAGACGCGACGCCAGACAGAGAGGGAAGACGGCAGAGUGAGGGUUUUGCUGUUCACUCCUGUCUUCUUCGCCGGUGCUCCGUCUGAUCUCUCUCGAGCAUCCAAUCUUUCCAGAGGCGUCGAUGUGUGGAAGCUUCGACUAGGGCUUUACAUGGCGGUCGCAUCGCAAUCGAUUCGCUUCUGCGGGACGGCCGCUGGAACCGGCGCCGGAAACCUAGACGCGCUCAACCGCAUCCUCGCGGACCUGUGCACCAGAGGCAAUCCCAAGGAUGGUGCUGCAUUGGCUUUGAAGAAGCAUGUGGAGGAAGAAGCCCGUGAUCUUAAUGGAGAAGCUUUUUUACGUUUUAUGGAUCAGCUGUAUGAUCGUAUUACUAGUCUAUUGGAGAGUAAUGACAUUGCUGAAAAUUUGGGAGCUUUAAGGGCAAUUGAUGAGUUGAUAGAUAUGCCACUCGGUGAAAAUGCCUCCAAGGUUUCGAGGUUCUCUAAUUACAUGAGAACUGUGUUUGAAGUGAAGCGUGAUCCUGAUAUUUUGUGCCUUGCUAGUAAAGUUCUUGGCCAUCUAGCUAAGGCUGGUGGGGCAAUGACUGCAGAUGAAGUGGAAUGGCAGGUGAAGAAUGCCCUGGAAUGGCUCCGAGGUGAAAGAAUAGAGUAUCGUUGCUUCGCUGCUGUCUUAAUCUUAAAAGAAAUGGCUGAGAAUGCUUCAACUGUAUUCAAUGUUCAUGUACCUGAAUUUGUGGAUGCCAUAUGGGUUGCAUUGAGGGAUCCUAACUUAGCUGUCCGAGAGCGGGCUGUGGAGGCUUUACGUGCUUGCCUACGUGUUAUUGAAAAACGUGAAACUCGUUGGCGUGUACAAUGGUAUUAUCGUAUGUUUGAGGCUACACAGGAUGGGCUGGGUAGAAAUGCACCUGUUCAUAGCAUACAUGGUUCUCUACUUGCUGUUGGCGAGCUUCUAAGGAAUACAGGUGAGUUCAUGAUGUCAAGGUAUAGAGAAGUUGCAGAGAUUGUUCUCAGAUACCUACAACACCGGGAUCGGCUUGUUCGGCUUAGCAUAACUUCACUGCUACCUCGCAUUGCUCAUUUCUUGCGUGACCGUUUUGUUUCCAGCUAUCUAACGAUAUGCAUGAAUCAUAUUCUUGAAGUUCUUAAAAUACCUGCUGAACGGGCUAGUGGGUUUGUUGCUCUUGGAGAGAUGGCUGCUGCUUUGGAUGGUGAACUUGUUAACUAUUUGCCGACAAUAACGUCUCAUUUACGGGAUGCGAUUGCUCCUCGUAGAGGGAGACCCUCACUUGAGGCUUUGGCCUGUGUUGGAAACAUUGCAAAAGCCAUGGGGCCUGCAAUGGAACCUCAUGUUCGUGGCCUUUUGGAUGCUAUGUUUUCUGCUGGUCUUUCCUCCACUCUGGUGGAAGCUCUUGAGCAAAUAACCAUCAGUAUCCCAUUGUUGCUGCCAACUAUUCAAGUUCGUUUGCUGGAUUGCAUUUCAAUGGUUCUUUCAAAAACUCAUUAUCCCCAGGCUAGGCCAUCUGUUUCCAGUCGUGGAAAUAUUACAAAUACCACUCAGCAUAUCACAGAACUUAGCUGUUCUGCUCUAGUGCAACUUGCUUUGCAAACUCUUGCUUGUUUUAAUUUCAAGGGUCAUGAUCUUCUUGAGUUUGCAAGGGCUACAGUAGUUGUAUAUUUGGAAGAUGAAGAUGGAGCUACAAGGAAAGAUGCUGCACUGUGUUGCUGCAGAUUGAUAGCAAAUUCUUUCUCUGGCAUGGGUUGCGUGCAAUUUAGUACUAGCAGGUCCAGUCGGACAGGUGGAAAGCGACGUCGUCUUGUUGAGGAGAUUGUGGAGAAGCUUCUUAUUGCAGCUGUGGCAGAUGCUGAUGUCACCGUCCGACAUUCUAUAUUUGCUUCUCUGCAUGGAAAUGGAGGCUUGGACGACUUCCUAGCACAGGCUGAUAGUUUGAGUGCUAUAUUUGCUGCAUUAAAUGAUGAGGAUUUUGAAGUACGAGAAUUUGCAAUAUCUGUUGCGGGAAGAUUAUCUGAAAAGAAUCCAGCUUAUGUUCUUCCAGCACUUCGUCGCCAUCUUAUUCAGUUAUUGACAUAUUUAGCACAAAGCUCUGAUAGCAAAUGCAGAGAAGAAAGUGCUAAGUUACUUGGAUGUUUAAUUCGCAACUGUGAACGGUUAAUUCUUCCUUAUAUUGCUCCAAUACACAAGGCACUUGUGACUAAGCUUUGUGAAGGGCCUGGUGUGAAUGCUAAUAGUGGCAUUAUAAGUGGAGUUCUUGUGACUGUUGGUGAUCUUGCUAAAGUGGGUGGUUUUGCAAUGAGACAAUAUAUUCCUGAACUUAUGCCAUUGAUUGUUGAGGCUUUGUUAGAUGGAGCUGCCGCCAUGAAGCGUGAAGUAGCUGUUGCCACUCUUGGCCAAGUUGUACAGAGUACAGGAUAUGUCAUAACUCCAUAUAAUGAGUACCCACUGUUGCUUGGUUUACUCUUGAAAUUGCUGAAUGGUGAGCUAGCAUGGUCUACCAGACGAGAAGUGUUAAAGGUUCUUGGUAUUAUGGGUGCCUUAGAUCCUCAUGCACAUAAGCGGAAUCAGCAAAGCUUGCAAGGUUCUCAUGGUGAAGUUACCCGCACAGCCACUGAUACAGGUCAACACAUCCGGUCUAUUGAUGAAUUGCCUAUGGACCUCUGGCCAUCUUUUGCAACAUCAGAAGAUUAUUAUUCGACGGUUGCUAUCAAUUCCCUCAUGCGGAUUCUUAGAGAUCCUUCGUUGUCUAGUUAUCACCAAAAAGUGGUUGCUUCCCUCAUGUUUAUAUUCAAGUCAAUGGGUCUUGGUUGUGUCCCAUACUUGCCAAAGGUGUUGCCUGAUCUCUUUCACAUUGUUCGUACGUGUGAAGAUGGUCUGAAAGAAUUUAUAACAUGGAAGCUUGGGACCCUGGUGUCUAUUGUGCGUCAGCAUAUUAGGAAAUAUCUACCUGAGUUGCUAUGUCUGAUAUCUGAACUAUGGUCAUCCUUUAGUUUGCCAGCUGCUCACCGUCCUGUGCAUGGAUCCCCAAUAUUACAUCUAGUGGAACAACUGUGCUUGGCCCUCAAUGAUGAAUUCAGAACGUAUCUAGCUGAUAUUCUUCCGUGCUGUAUUCAAGUCCUUAGUGAUGCUGAACGCUUUAAUGACUACACUUACGUUCUUGAUAUUCUCCAUACUCUUGAAGUGUUUGGUGGAACUUUGGAUGAACAUAUGCAUUUACUACUUCCUGCACUCAUACGGUUGUUUAAAGUGGAUGCUUCAGUGGAUGUAAGACGUGCUGCUAUUAGAACUCUCACAAGAUUGAUCCCUCGUGUGCAGGUUAGUGGUCACAUAUCAUCACUUGUUCAUCACUUGAAGCUAGUCUUGGAUGGGAAAAAUGAUGAGCUCCGUAAGGAUUCUGUUGAUGCACUUUGUUGUCUAGCUCAUGCCCUUGGGGAGGACUUCACUAUCUUCAUUCCUUCAAUUCACAAACUUUUGGUGAAACAUCGAUUGCGGCACAAAGAGUUUGAAGAAAUUGAAGGGCAUUUGCAGAGAUGCGAGCCUCUAAUCUUGGGGAGCUGUGCUGCUCAAAGAUUAAGUCGACGUCUUCCUGUUGAAGUUAUUAGUGACCCUCUAAAUGAUGUUGAGAAUGACCCAUAUGAUGAUGGGAUUGAUGUGCAUAAACAACUUAGAAGCCAUCAGGUAAAUGAUGGUAGGCUACGCACUGCUGGUGAGGCUUCUCAGCGCAGUACAAAAGAAGAUUGGGCAGAAUGGAUGAGGCAUUUCAGCAUUGAACUCCUGAAGGAAUCCCCAUCUCCGGCCUUGCGAACCUGUGCUAGGCUUGCACAGUUGCAGCCUUUUGUUGGGCGAGAGUUGUUUGCUGCUGGUUUUGUUAGCUGUUGGUCACACCUGAACGAGACUAGUCAAAGACAACUAGUUCGGAGUUUAGAGAUAGCUUUUUCUGCUCCAAAUAUUCCCCCUGAAAUUCUAGCUACACUACUUAAUUUGGCAGAGUUCAUGGAACAUGAUGAAAAGCAUCUUCCUAUAGACAUCCGUCUACUUGGUGCUCUUGCCGAAAAGUGUCGAGUAUUUGCGAAGGCCUUGCACUAUAAGGAGAUGGAAUUUGAAGGUGCACGCUCCAAGAAGAUGGAUGCAAAUGCCGUUGCUGUAGUAGAAGCACUCAUACAUAUAAACAAUCAACUUCAUCAGCAUGAGGCUGCAGUUGGAAUAUUAACAUAUGCCCAGCAACAUUUGGAUGUUCAAUUGAAGGAAUCAUGGUAUGAGAAAUUGCAGAGGUGGGAUGACGCACUCAAGGCAUAUACUGCUAAAGCCUCACAAGCAUCAAGUACAAAUGAUAUUCUGGAAGCUACACUAGGACGAAUGCGAUGCCUUGCUGCACUGGCUCGUUGGGAGGAGCUUAAUGACCUGUGCAAAGAACAUUGGACUCCUGCUGAUGCAAAUGCUCGACUGGAAAUGGCUCCACUGGCUGCUUGUGCCGCAUGGAACAUGGGAGAAUGGGAUCAGAUGUCAGAAUAUGUUCAUCGACUGGAUGAUGGUGAUGAAGCUAAACUGCGUGUGAUGGGAAAUACUGCUGCCACUGGUGAUGGUAGUAGUAAUGGUACAUUUUUCAGGGCUGUUCUACUAGUUCGGAAGGGAAAGUAUGAUGAAGCACGCGAAUAUGUUGAGAGAGCAAGGAAAUGCUUAGCUACCGAGCUUGCUGCUCUGGUUCUAGAGAGCUACGAGCGUGCAUACAGCAAUAUGGUUCGUGUUCAGCAGCUGUCUGAGUUAGAGGAGGUCAUCGAUUAUUUUUCUCUUCCUGUGGGAAACCCUGUUGCUGAAGGUCGGCGCGCACUUAUUCGUAAUAUGUGGAGUGAGCGCAUAAAAGGUGCAAAACAGAAUAUAGAGGUUUGGCAAGCAUUUUUGGCUGUGAGGACACUGGUAUUGCCACCUACUGAAGAUGCUGAGACUUGGCUCAAGUUUGCUUCACUUUGUCAAAAAAGUGGAAGAAUUAGUCAGGCUAGAUCUACCUUAGUUAAACUGCUACAGUUUGACCCAGAAACAUGCCCAGAAAACAUACGAUAUCAUGGAAAUCCUCAAGUGUUGCUAGGAUACUUGAAAUACCAAUAUUCGCUUGGAGAGGACCACAAGCGUAGGGAAGCCCUUGCUAGGCUGCAGGAUCUAGCCUUGGAGCUUUCAGCAUCGCCAAACAUCCAAGCAGUUACACCCACUGGUAUAAUGGGCGUCUCAAAUGAUCCAUUCCUUGCUCGUGUAUAUCUUACACUUGGAAAUUGGCAGUGGGCAUUGUCUCCUGGGUUAGAUGAUGAUUCUAUACAAGAAAUCUUGAACGCAUUCAGAAAUGCCACUCACUGUGCAUCAAAGUGGGGAAAAGCAUGGCACAAGUGGGCUCUGUUCAACACAGCAGUGAUGUCUCAUUACACUGUAAGAGGGUUUCCCAGUGUUGCUGCAGAAUUUGUUGUUGCUGCAGUCACUGGAUACUUUCAUUCCAUAGCCUGUGCUGCUAAUUCUAAGGGAGUGGAUGACAGUUUACAGGAUAUACUUCGUCUUCUCACUUUGUGGUUCAACCAUGGAGCUACAGCUGAAGUUCAGAUGGCACUGCGAAAUGGAUUUUUACAUGUUAAUAUCAAUACAUGGUUGGUUGUUUUGCCCCAGAUAAUUGCCAGGAUACAUUCUAAUAAUCAUGCUGUGAGAGAGCUGAUACAAUCGCUUUUAGUACGAAUUGGACAGAGCCAUCCACAGGCUCUUAUGUACCCUCUUCUUGUGGCUUGUAAAUCAAUAAGCAAUUUACGUAGAGCUGCAGCUCAAGAAGUGGUUGACAAAGUUCGGCAGCAUAGUGGCGCUCUUGUGGCUCAGGCACAACUUGUGUCAAAAGAGCUCAUCAGGGUUGCGAUACUUUGGCAUGAAAUGUGGCAUGAGGCACUGGAAGAAGCCAGUCGUUUGUUUUUUGGUGAACAUAACAUUGAGGGAAUGCUAAAGGCUUUAGAGCCAUUACAUAAACUUCUUGAAGAAGGGGCAAUGUUAAACAACACAACCAUAAAAGAGAAGGCUUUCAUUCAGGCAUAUCACCAUGAAUUAUUAGAAGCAUAUGAAUGCUGCAUGAAAUAUAAGAGAACUGGGAAAGAUGCGGAACUUACUCAGGCAUGGGAUCUUUAUUAUCAUGUUUUCAGACGAAUAGAUAAGCAGCUUCAAACUCUUACCACCCUGGAGCUGCAGUCCGUUUCCCCUGAAUUGUUAGAGUGCCGCAAUUUAGAGCUUGCUGUUCCUGGGACUUACCGAGCAGAUUUACCAGUUGUGACAAUUGCAUCAUUUGCACCCCAGCUUGUUGUCAUAACAUCUAAGCAGCGACCAAGGAAAUUGACAAUUCAUGGGAGCGAUGGGGAAGAUUAUGCUUUCCUCCUGAAAGGACAUGAAGACUUGCGCCAGGAUGAACGUGUUAUGCAGCUCUUUGGAUUGGUCAACACUCUGCUGGAAAAUUCUAGAAAAACUCAAGAAAAAGAUCUUUCUAUUCAAAGAUAUGCUGUCAUUCCAUUAUCUCCAAAUAGUGGAUUGAUUGGGUGGGUCCCAAAUUGUGACACGCUGCAUCACCUCAUUCGAGAAUACAGGGAUGCUAGGAAGAUCACCUUAAAUCAAGAGCAGAAGCUAAUGCUUAGCUUUGCCCCGGACUAUGACCAUUUGCCACUUAUAGCUAAAGUGGAGGUCUUCAAGUAUGCUUUGCAAAAUACUGAAGGCAAUGACCUUGCAAGGGUCCUUUGGUUAAAAAGCCGAAGUUCUGAGGUCUGGCUAGACAGGAGGACGAACUACACUAGAAGCUUGGCUGUCAUGAGCAUGGUUGGUUACCUUCUUGGCUUAGGUGAUCGACACCCUAGUAAUCUGAUGCUGCAUCGUUCCAGUGGGAAGAUAUUGCACAUUGAUUUUGGAGACUGUUUUGAAGCUUCGAUGAACCGUGAGAAGUUUCCUGAAAAGGUUCCUUUCCGCUUGACAAGAAUGCUUGUGAAGGCUAUGGAGGUUAGUGGUAUUGAAGGCAACUUCCGUUCAACUUGUGAAAAUGUGAUGCAGGUUCUUCGAACACACAAGGAUAGUGUCAUGGCUAUGAUGGAGGCUUUUGUUCAUGAUCCUUUGAUAAACUGGCGCCUUUUCAACUUCAAUGAAGUACCUCAAAUGUCAGCCAUGGUCAACUCUCAUGUCCCUGCCGUUGUCAAUAGUGAUGAAACUGCUCCAAAUAGAGAGCUGCUUCAACCACAAAGAGGUGCUCGAGAGAGGGAGCUUCUUCAGGGAUAUACGCAGGCCGUCAAUCAACUAGGUGAUGCUAACGAGGUCUUAAAUGAGCGUGCUGUGCUUGUUAUGGCUCGGAUGAGUAACAAGCUUACAGGGCGCGAUUUUUCUAGUGGUUCUUCAGGAGCAACCAACUCUACCCAACAUGCAGUAGACCAUAAUACCUUGACCUCUGGAGAUACUCGUGAAGUUGAACAUGGUUUAUCUGUUAAACUGCAAGUUCAGAAGUUGAUUCUUCAAGCUACAUCUCAUGAAAAUUUGUGCCAAAACUAUGUCGGGUGGUGUCCCUUUUGGUAACCGCGAGACUCAAAAACAUACUGUACAUACCGUCACGUACAUAGCCUCUGCUAGUACCUUCGACAACGUCCCUCAGUUCUUGUCUAUAUUUAUUUCCUGUAUAUAGCGGCUCUUUUUGGAGCGACAAGUGUUGUCCUAUUUGCCUGGGUUUUCUUUGCUUCAUUUGAAGGAAAUAUUAUUCAUGUGUAUAGGCAACGCGACCGACCAAAAUGUGAAGGCCAAACCAUAGUUGCAGAAUCUGUAUGUUGCUUAUCUAUGUAGAUGUAGUUUCAGGCAA